UAUCUUGGUCAUAACUUAAGACCACAGCUAAUUAUAUAUAGUGCGAUGUUUGGAAUUUCAUUUGCCUCAUUACAAUCAAACAAAUCUCCCCAUUUUGUCUCAAAACACCUGAUCUCAAAUUAGAGCAAAUUAAUGGCAGCUGAAAAUGGCAGCACCAGAUCCGAAUCCACCACCGCCAUUGCACCACCACCUCGCAAAAUUGCACUGAUCACUGGCAUCACAGGCCAAGACGGCUCUUACCUCACUGAAUUUCUCAUUAACAAAAACUACGAAGUUCAUGGCCUUAUUCGUAGAUCUUCCAGUUUCAAUACCCAACGCAUUAAUCACGUUUACAUCGACCCACAUAACACCUACAAAGCCCGAAUGAAACUCCACUACGCCGAUCUCUCCGACGCUAGUUCUCUCCGCCGUUGGCUCGACAUUAUCCUCCCCGACGAGAUUUAUAACCUCGCGGCUCAGUCCCAUGUUGCCGUGUCUUUUGAGAUCCCGGAUUACACUGCUGACGUGGUUGCCACCGGCGCCCUCCGCCUUCUAGAAGCCGUUCGGUCCCACAUCUCUGCCUCUGGUAGGUCCCACGUGAAAUAUUAUCAAGCCGGGUCAUCUGAGAUGUUCGGAUCUACUCCGCCUCCACAAUCCGAAUCUACUCCGUUUCAUCCUAGAUCUCCUUACGCCGUUUCAAAAUGCGCUGCGCAUUGGUACACAGUGAAUUACCGCGAAGCGUACGGGAUAUUCGCGUGCAAUGGGAUUUUAUUCAAUCACGAGUCGCCACGUCGAGGUGAGAAUUUCGUGACAAGGAAGAUUACUCGGGCUGUAGGGAGAAUUAAAAUUGGGUUACAAAGCAAGGUGUUUUUAGGAAAUUUACAAGCGUCCAGGGACUGGGGUUUUGCUGGAGACUACGUAGAAGCAAUGUGGAUGAUGCUGCAGCAAGAGAAGCCAGAUGAUUAUGUUGUGGCGACUGAAGAGUCGCAUACAGUGGAGGAGUUUCUGGAAGUGGCAUUUGGGUACGUUGGGUUGAAUUGGAAAGAACAUGUGGAGAUUGACAAAAGGUAUUUUAGGCCUUCAGAAGUUGAUAAUUUGAAAGGAGAUGCGAGUAAAGCGAAGAAAGUUUUGGGUUGGAAACCGAAAGUGGGAUUUGAGCAAUUGGUGAAGAUGAUGGUGGAUGAAGAUGUAGAGUUGGCUAAAAGAGAGAAAGUUCUUGUUGAUGCUGGCUAUAUUGAUGCCCAACAGCAACCUUGAUCAAGUGUUGUCCGCUCUUUAUUGUAUUAGAUUUCUUUAAAUAUUUUUGGUUGAUUUUUACCUUUCAUUUUAUGAAAAAGUUCAUUUUAUACCAAUUUGGUUUGAUGAGAUAAUUAUUUUUUCUAUUUUCAUUUUAUCAUUACUUGUUAUUGGUUACGGCAUUUUUGUUCUUUUUUUGCCACUUCUCUUUUUGUUCAUUUUUUUGCCGCUCAAGGCCG